GCAAAGAGCAAAGCGGCGAACUGCGUUUCCUCCUGUUGUUUGUCCCGGCAGAGUGCGAGGGGCAGGUGUAGUGACGGGGGCAUCGGGCGCGGGCGCAAGAGACGAAGCCUUCACUCAUUUAUUGCUUGCCCGCUGAACGCAAAGAGGGAGACAAGAUUGGAUUGGAACCCACCUGAGAGACUUGAAAGCGCAUUUCAGAUUGUCCUUUUUCAUCUUCCUUAAAUUAACAGAUCGUACACAAGAUUAAUGGAUAUAAAGCAGAAAUUAACAUGAUGUAGCUUACAUUGGAGUUUUCAGCCAUUAAGAUGGAAUAUUCAAAUAAGCUUGAUGAAGUGGAUUUGGCUUGGGACCAACUUCAGGAGGCCAAAUCAGUGUUACAACAGAUUGAAAGCAAAUUGAAUUCUGAAGAGGAUGAGCACUUUUCUGAGCCAAGGGUUCGAAAAUGCCUACUUUUCGAGACACGAGGAUGCAGUGUACAGAAUACCAGCAGCCUUUCAGAUGAAGGGAAUUCACCACAGCGACCAGCUCCCAUGAGUAUCAGCAGACUGGGCACACAGGGAAGCCUCUCUCAGGGCUGGAACUCUUCCUCAAGCAGAUCAAAUAGCAACGGAAAAGUGGAUUACAUACUGGAGAAUGGUGGUUCUUCAAUAAGAAUGUUUUGGAAUGAAAGUAUAAACAGCUCGUACAAGCAUGUUACUGACCAUGCCUCUCAACUGUCUGCUGUAAAUCAGACAAUGAAAACUGCUGACCAUAAGUCAAGUGAUAACCAAUCAACUAGAGUUAUCCCAACGAGAUUUGAAGAGUUGGCAGAAUGGUAUGUUUCAGAGAAAGGCUGCUACAAGGCUUGUAAGCAAGAUGCCUGCAACCAAUCCUACAAAUGUAACCUUGAAGGAGAACCUCCAGUUGGCAAUGGUGCUGAUUUGGUAUUUGACAAUUGUAGCCAAGGGCAGAUGUUACAAGAGCAGAAAAGUUCUCCACAUGCUUUGGUUGCUGGUUCCUCCCUUAGUCCUCCUGGAGGUCCACUUAUCCAGUCCCUGGAACUAAAACGGAGCAAGUCUCCCACCAACAAAUUGGAGAGGCUCAAGGACCGGAUAAGGGCACAGAGGAAGCUACAGAAAGAGCAGCAGUUUGUAAAGACUAACUCUGGUCUAACUCAAGAACAAUCUGUCCCAUUUCUCAGGCAGAAGACACACAAAGAAGGUUUGGAGAAAUGUUUGGUCAGGAAAGUGGCCUCUGCACCACCAGCACCAGCCUACAAAGGUUUCAAUGCUGUUAAGCUGAUUCCUGAAAUUGAAAGCUGCACUGGUGUGGAGAAGUCAGAGGGGAUUUCAGCAGGGAAUUCUCCCAUCAGCAGCCGGGGACGCAUGCGACACAGAGCCUACAGACAUCAAGAAGCAGACAGCAGAGUCCCGAUCUCCAUCCCAGGACAGAGAAGAAAACAUCAACAAAAUUCCAGCAGGGAUCACGAGGCGACUGGCAAGCCUCAGAGCUGCUCAAAGAUAACUAGCCUGAAGGAACCCGCAAAAGUCAAUGGUUCAUCCUCUUCUGAUGUCUUUUCAUGGAAGCAAGGCCAGAAGCUGAUAAGAAUGAUACUUGGUCCACCCCCCAAGCGUCAACAGAGUCCAGCCGCAACUCCAGAUACCAAUGAUCGCAACAGCCAAUACCUUUCAGGUGAGAAAGUAAAAUACCCCAAGGGAUGUGCAAGAUCACCAUCUUUUGAAAGGAGUCCCAGGCGAAGACUUUUUGCGGCAAGUGAGGAUGGUCAACAUGGUAAUUGCACAGGAACGGGGUCAUUGGACAGUUCACAGCCAGCUGUGGAGGGCAUGCAGGUAAAUAGAACCUUACCCGGUUUACAGUCUGGAAAAACUGCUGGGAUGAACCUGAACUUCACCUGGAAGAUGGGAGAUGACAACGCAAACGUGGAGGGAACGCGUGAAGAUGCUCAGAAGAACCUUGCUACUCCUAAGGGGGACAAGCAUGAAGGUGAGGAUGGUGGCCCAAAACACUGGCGCACUCACACAUCAAAAAGUUGUGCCGUGAAAUGGAAACCCUAUUUCGGAGUUCAGAGAAGACCUUUGCCAGCAGGGCACAGAGUAGGUUCCCCCAGCCCAGUGCAGAACAAAGCUGAAGUGGAAAAGCAGGAACAGCAGGCUCGGUCCCCCGUGGCUCGGAGUUACAACGCGGAUGAGGUCCGCAAGUACAUGAGCAGGCAGGUGGCAAAGCGCAAGAGGAAGGAAAGUGAAAGGAAACAGUCGGUAAAGCAGGCCAUGGAGAUGAAGAAGAAGAGGCUGCAGGAGGUCUAUAGGAAACAGAAGGAGGCUGUCUCCAAACAGCCAAAAGGGAGGCAGAAGGCCACUCUGCCUGUUCACCACUUUGUGGAAGGAUAUAAAAGUUCUGCACAGCCAGGAAAGAGCUUGGGCUCAACUCAGCUGAUGAAGGAUCGGACACCAACAAGGGGCAGGCCAGAGUCUGGAGACUUGGAGAAAAGUGGGUCACAUCGACAGGAGCUGAAAAACCUCAUGGGGUCAUCACGUAACUCACUGCCUAGCCGGUGUAACCCACUGAGAGUUCAAGAUUUGGAUCCGCUUGCUUAUUCACCAAAGCCAUCUUCCCCCUCACCAAUCACCAGCCGAUCCCUUGCAGCCCACGAGCAGGAGCCGAGCUGCAGCCCCGCUCUCUGCAUGGGUUCUCAGUACAGGGACAGGCAGCAGCGCUUCGAGGCCCUUCGCUGCAUGGCCACAGCCCUCAGCAGCCGCAUUGAGAAUGAGGCAAGGAGACUGGGAAUGGAGGCAGGGAUUCUGCUGUGUUCUGGAGGCCGAGACAGCUCCCAGGAAUGGAAACGGGGUGGUUUGCAUGGUCCUGCCCAACCUGAUACUGCAGCCAUGUUGGCUCCGGGCAAUGGACCAGAGAGGCAAGGUGUGCCAGGUCAUUCCCUGGUGACGUCGCCAAGCCUGCCCAAUGCUCUGCACAAGGAUCUAGGUCGAGUGGAAGCUGACAGACCAAAGGACAAGCAUGCUGAGAAUCAAACUGACCUGGAAGUGAAAGAACUCAUGGAUGAACUUCUGCGUAGUCCCUCAUCUCAGAGUGAUGACUUCCUGUGGAGCGACUCUGAAACUUGGUCAGAGACUGAACUCGUCUGUAGCCCCAGGGAGUCAAGUGACGGACUGCUGGAUGAAGACGAAGGGUUGGAGGACCAGAGUGAUGAUGAUCUGGGGACACUCAGUAAAGGAAAGCAUCAGCCAGAAAGGAAAACCAAUGUGGAUGAGCCUGCCUUUGAUGCACCCCAACCUGCAAGUGGGUCCCUGGGCAAAAGAGGAUCUUGGGAAACAGGCAACAUGCAAGAUGGCAACAAACCCUUGAUCCAAAACAGUCAGAGAUUGAGCUCACAUUGGUCAUCAUCCAGGACCAUACCCAACUCGUUCUCGGGAGACAAGGAGUCCGUCACAGCCAAGGAGUGUGGUAUCAAUGAACGCAGCUGUUAUUACCUGAGCUCUCAGUCCCACAGAAACUCUCACAGUGGGAAGCCUUUCGGUGAUUCCAGGACUGCAAUCAAUCCCAGGAAAGUGACCACAAAUGAGAUGGUGAAGAGAAAGGAGGACCCAGUGACCCAGAGGCUAGCUGAGCUGAUGAAACAACUCCAAGAGGAAACUGAGGAGUUAAGGAUGAAAACACCCCUGAAAGGAGACUCAGCUCUGGGGAUGAAGAGGUCCUUGAUGUCCCCUGACUCCACUGAACAUCUGACGAGCAGGAGGAGCAGGGCAGGUGCAGAGAUCUCAGCGGGAACUGCUCACACCUCUGUCACCCGUGGAUCACCGAUGAAGGAUAAACUGGUGGAGCAAUCCCUCUGGUCCCUGUUGCCUUCUGAGAGCCAUUAUAGGCAGACAAUGGAAAGAAUUAAGAAGUUGCAUUCAAGGAACAGCAGUGUACCGCACACGCCAAGCACUUCUUUUAGCAAGUGGGAGGAAACAGGAAGGUCUGUCUUUGGGAACCACGAUGCAUUCAGCCGUUUUACUCUCGAGAUGGCCCACCAGUACCUGAAGGAAGAGGAUCUUCGAGCCAGGCACCAGGCAGCUCUGUUCCGACUGAGGGAGAAGGCACUCCAGGAAAAGACCAAGGCUGAGCUGGCCUGGCUGGAGCAUCAGAAAACACAUCUCCAGGACAAAGGGCAAGAUGACAAAAGGCCUGUCAUUGUCAGGAAGCAGCAGGAGGUUCUGCUGAAGCUACAAAAGGAAAAGGCAGAGAUCCGGCACCUCCGGAAUGCCUGCCAGGUUGCGCACCAGGAGAGGAAGCUCCUCCUGAAGCAGCAGCAAGAGAUCUUUCGGAUUCAUCAAUCAACAGCACACCUGCAGUGGCAGCUGGGCAGGUCUGCCACAUGCCCCUGGUUUUCAGGGGAGCAGGACACCUCAUCACCUCCAGCUGCUGACAGUGAAUCCACACAGAUGGCCAGUCCCCUGCCUGACCCAGAUGUGGGCUUCUCGUCCCCUCGGCCACUCUCCGAGAGUGAAGGGAGCUCAGCCACGGAGCGACUGAAGGAAGUGCACAGAAAACUGGAUGAACGGUUCCUUCCUAAAACUGAGGACCAGGUCUUCAGGCCGCAGAAACAGACCAUGAGUGUGUUGGCAUGGAAGCACUCUUCAGACACAGAGGAACCUGUUGUUCACAGGACUGGGACGGAGACUUUGGCCACCUGGGGUCCUCAAGUCAGGGAGCAGGUUCUGAGCAUAUGGGACCCUUCCACAGAGACAGAUAACAGGAAUGCUGUAGAAUAUUCCAGCAACCCAGAAUCAAGCAAGCACCUUGAGAUCAACAAAAUAAUGACAUUGGCUGCAGACUUUUCUUUGGAUGAACUAAAUAGAGGGCAGCAGACUGUGAAACCAGCUGAAACUUUGAAACCAAUCUGUACAGUUUUUGAACCUUCUGAAAAGUUAAUGAUGAAAGCAGGCAAGAUUCAAUCAGGAAAAGCUUUUCUCAUCAGAGAAAUGGGUGCAGAGUCAACAGAUGGAGAACCCCACACCUCCCCACUGAGACAUGAGCUGGCAAGCCCCAGGAUGAAGCUGGGCAGCAUAGAGAAUGCGCAAAGGAGACAGCAGAGGGAGAAGUUAAAGAUGGAGGAAGCUGAUCUGUGCAGGCAGCUGGAGGCAUAUGAUACCUUUAUCAGUAAAACACAAGCCGAAUUGAUUUUGGACACUGAUGUCAACCAAGUUCUAAAGCCUCGAAUUAAGACCCCUGCUGCGGCCUGGUACAAGUCACAAAUGGAUUUUCCUCAGCCACUCAGAUCCAACCUCCUUCAGCAUUCAGCCAAACAAGAUGCUAUGGCACUUCAGUCACAAGGAUGGCCUUCACAGCAAGAUGAAAAGGCUAAAGAUGUUGCAAAGGCAGUGAAACCACAAGAGACAGCUGGAGGAGAGGACCUAACCUCGGCUGGCAGUUCUGAGUUUGAUGAAAAGGCAUCGCAUGUCCCGAACGCCCAGUUAUCUCCUCUAUCCCAUCUUGUUGAAGAGAAGCAGAGUGAAGGGACCCAUCCAGGAACUUUUACAUUGUCUGUCUUCCCGGAAUGGUCUGGACAUUUGGAUGUUACUACUGAUAAAUCAUCCCCAAACUCCAAGGAAGAGAUUCUACAAUACAAUGGGCCUGACUCUUCAGCUUUUAAUAGAAACAAAAGCAGCAAUAGCCUGCUGACCACAAACUCUUCUCCUAAACAAAAUGCAAGCCUAUCUUCAUCAAAACAAGAGGAGUCGUUGUUUCAAAGGAGACUCGAGUUGCACUCAGGUGAUUUUUGGAGCAGUUUUUCAACUAGGGCAGCAGAUCAUUCUUCACAAAACACUUGUGAGGAUUAUGUGAGUAGCAAUACCAAGCUGAAAGCACAUCACGGGGAGGAAUUUGACUUGACUCAAUCAAGCACUGUUGUCAUAAAUGCAAAAGGCUUCAAAGAAAAUGGAUUUGGAUCCCAUGUUUUUUUGGCAAAUAUCUCUGGUUUUACACCUUCCUCUAACCAACAGCCUGCAUUGGAGUUAAGAGAAAACAGACUGACAGAUGAGACUGGUGGUCAGGAAGGGAUAGCUGCUGAAUCACCCCCAAGCAGGACUGCUAAUAUCUGUGAACAAGCUUCAGUUCUUCCUUUAGUAAAUAGACACUGUUCAGUGAAAGAGGAUGCAGAUUUGACACACUGUCAGCAGACUGCUGCUAGAGACUCCUGGACUACAAAAGUCAUUUCCCCUGCAAGCUUCCUUGUAUUCAACGACGACCUUCCCAGCACUGAUAAUAAGUCAGAAGGCAUGGAAAAAGACUUGUUUUGCAAAAGGGAAGUGCAAUCAUCUGUACAAGGUACAAAUGAAAUACUUCCACCUUUACCUCAAGAAGAAAAUUCACUAGGAAGUGAAGUAGUUGAAGAAGUGACAUCGUGUAGCAAAGAUCAGGCAUCUCUAGCUGAAGGCUUUGCAUCUGAAAGUGUUGAAUUGCCACUCUUGAAUGCAGAAGGGGUAUUAAACAGACAGCAAGAUUUAUUACCAGUUUUAAAAUCCAGUUCUGAAAUGGAAGUCUUAGCCAUUCCACUCAUUGACACAUCAGCUCAGGUGAGACAGAUACCUCCUGUAGAAGAAAUCACAUUCAUAAAUGAGGAGCUUCCAUCACCAGCUGAGAGAGACAAUCCACUUAAUACAAAGGAGAUGAGCUCUCCAGUCGAUGAAUUAAUGAUGAAUGAAGCUGACGUUUCUUCAUCUCCUACCGAAUGUACUAUCUCAUUUGAAACUGAAGAAUUUCCUGCACUGCCUGAAGAAAUUAUAAUACUUCCGAGCAAAGAGCUUCCUUCUCCAUCAAGAGAUAAUAGCAUUGUUCAAAUUAAAGGUUUCUCACCAUCAUCUGCCAACAACUCUUGCAUAUAUGAAUCAUCUGUGCAUAAUAAAAACAAUGGGGUGAACACUGAUGAAUUCACUCACCCUCCUCCCCCUAUUGAAAAAAUAGUGGAAGAAAGGAAAAGUAAUGUUACAGAGAAAUACAAAUAUCCCCUCAGAUCAAGUAGAGUCAAGGAAAACUUAACAGGGUUUCAUGGAAAUAAUCUUUUAUUAGGGCCCUUAAGAGUCCUCCUACCUCAAACGAGGCAACAAAUAGUUGAACCUUUAAGUUACUCUACUGUCAGAGACAAAGAGUUGGUAGAUAUUAAAAAGGCUGAUUCCCUAAAAUUUGAAGGACACACAUCAUUUGGUCAGGAUUAUUGGGUUGCUGCAGAACUGGAUAAUCUAAAAGCACAACAUGAUGGAGCCUUCUGUGAGCUGAAGUACAAGGAAUACACAAAGAAAUGUGACAUCCCUAUCACUCCAGAAGACAUUUUCCACCACUGGGAUAUAUUUGAUGUUAAUACUGAUGUCCCUGAGGGUUCACCUAUUCUAAACCAGCAAGAUGCCGAUGACUGUUUGAUGCGAGCUCGGUCUUCUGAAGCAGAAUUUGAGAUGAAGGUGAAAGAGAAAGUAAUUGCUUCCCAGAAAAAAGACAAAAACCCUAUUUUGGACCAAAGCAACCAGGCGGAGGCAGAUUGGAAUAGUAACAAUGAUCUUGAGCUGGAAUGCGUAAUUCUGGAGUGCGCAAAGGCAGUAGAAUCAUUUGCAGAUUCUGAACUUUUGCUGGAUGCUGAUGUGGAGCCAAAAUCUCACUUAGAGGAUAAUUUAAAUUCAGAAGGUUUAAUCCGUUCUUGGGCUGAACAGCAGCUUGUCGGAAAAGGCAGUGAGCAGUCAUUGAAUGACACUAAAGGAUUUCUCACACAAUAUCUUGUAGGAGGAACUUUGGGCGAAGUGACCAGCAUUAGAGACCAGGAAUAUCACAGCACCCAAAAGAAACUCAGCCAAUGUCAAAUCAAGCGACAUUCUGCCGAGUUGACUCAGCAAAACUCCCAGAUUCUUCGAAGGCAGAGAGAUCUUGACAGAUCCUAUAAAGAAAUGACUGGCUUUCUCAGAAUAGACUUAAUGCAGCUCCAAGAUAAAGUUAGAAUUGCAAAGAAAGGCAGCUACAAAGAAACCAUGGAAAAUAUGAUCAAUUAUUUAAUCACAGAAUUCAUAGAUGAAGCCACAAAAGAAUACAAAAGAAUCAAGAGGAAACAUACAAGAAAUACUGAAGCAAAAGUAAUUCUUCAUUCUCAGCCUGCAGUGGGGUGUUUGACUGCUAUUUUUGAUUUGACUUCUGAAAUUUUUCAAAAUGCCUUAAAAAAGGAGCCAAAGAACAAACUAGAUCCAUGGAUGAAAGCCAGGCCUCAGGCUUUAUUCUACUCUGGUCAUGCUCUCAAUAAAGAGGACAAAACUGAAGUGACGCAUUUCAUCCAAGAUAAGGUGACCAAGUUACUAAAUCUGGACAGAAAUGACCUAGCAAAGAGAAGGAAAAUACCAAAACCGGCCAAAUACAACAAGAGCAAGAGAGACCGGGUGGACAUUAUCUUGAUUCAGGAACUGCAAGAAGAAGAGAGUCACUGGAUUGAGUAUGCUGAUGAUGAGCUAGCAGUGAAGUUGAAACUAACUGAAGACAUCUUUAACAUCCUGCUUCAUGACACUGCAGAUAUCUUCAGCACCAUCUGUGUCAAGAAGCUGGCAGAACAAGAGCUCAUUUCUUCCAGCACAUGACAAUUUAAGCCAAUGUAUUACUUCCGAAUUCCAGGCAACAGAAGGCAAAGAACCAUUAAAAAGUUUCACAGAAUGUUCAUAAUUACCACAUAAUGUGAAAAUUUAAAAUAGUGAAUCUACACAAUGCUGAACAAACAAACUUAAAUGCCUGAAUUGUAUUAGGGAGAAAGUCUGCCUUGGACAUUGACCAGCAUGGUCAUGGCCACCUAUUAACAUCGGACAUGGCUUAGCACAAAGCACCUCCUUCUGAGUUGAAAGUUGUGGGUUGGAGUCUUCCAACAUGACUGCACAAAAUCCAUUUGAAAUUAGGGAAUGUGGUAAUGCCAAUGGUUUUUGAACCUGUUCUCUCAAGUGCAUGUUAAAUUUCUAAUGAGACUAUUCUAAGGUAUCAGCACCAGUGUUCUGGAAAGUCUAUUUCUCUUAACCAGUAGCACCGAAACAGAUUAUCCUGCCAUAAGCAAAUUGCUAUCCGAGAGGGCUUGCUGAGUGCAAGUUUGUUGCUAUGUUUUCUAUAUAUGACAAUCAUGACAGAAACUCAAUAAGUACUUCACUGGGUGUAAAGUGUUUUAGGAGAUGCUGUGGUGGUAAUGGACACUGACUGCAGAGAUGCAACUUUUCGAACUUCUCAUUUUUUCUUUCCUGCUUCCCAAAUUAUUUAAUUUUUUUGCCUUCCGCCCAGAUUUCCAACACAUUCUCGCCUACUAUGCAGAGUAUUCCCACCUGUUAAGUAAGCAUUAAACUUAUCUUGAGAAACACAUUGAAAGAUGUAUUUGUUUUAUGUGGGCCUCAACCAAUAUAAAUAUUUGGUCCAUGCCAUGCUUGGUAUUAGGGUAUAAGAAUACACUAUUCUUAUCUUGUGUAUUCUGUAACAAUGACUCACAAAUAUAGUGUAAGAGAGGACAUAGCAAAGUAGUUUGAGAGCAUAUGCUUACAGAUACAGAUUACAGACCUGACAUGUGGAGUCUUUCAGAAAUGUGUUAGUAGAGUUCAAUGCCAGCAUGUUCUGAUGACGAUGAAAAGCAAAGAUGGUCUCAUUAGAGAAACUUGGAUGUCAAAACAUGGAAGGUUUUUAUCAGGAAAAAUGAACCACUUGACAGGUGUAAAUAACUGAGUCCCUUGAGGAAUAAAAUGGUUAAGAAAUAAAUUAGGAGGGUUAAGGGGCCAUGAAGUAUCCUUGAUUAAGAUUAAAGACAGUUCCUGUACAUGUUAUUAGUAUAUCAGGAACAAGAAUGUAGCUAGGGACAAUGGGAAACCCCUUGGGGACAAAAGGGUAAUGCAUAUGUAGAGCCAUGAGAUGCGGGAAGGAUGUGUUUAUGUUGCAGAGAGUAUAAAGAAAAUUAACAAGGAUGUUACCCGAAUUGAAAGACUUGGAAAACUGGAUAUGUUGGGCUUGUUUAUCUUGGAGAUGAAGGAGGCUGAGGUGUGAUCUUACAGAAAUAUUUAAAAAUAUAAGAGGCAUAGGUUGUCAGAAUCUAUUUUUUCCCCAGAGUAGCAGUACCAAAACAAAGGGGUGGAGAUUUAAGGUAAGUAUUUUUAUUGGGAAUGUCAGAGGAAGGUGUUUUUCAACAUACACAGCGGUUGUCAUCUGGAAUACACUGUCAGAGAGUUAGAUACAAUUAUGAAAUUUAAGAGAAAUUUAGGCAAGCACUUAGUAAAUAGGCAAGGUAUAGAAAGAUAUGGACCUAAUGCUAGGAAAUGGGAUUAGUGUAGACAGGCAAAAUGGUUGGCAUGGACAAGGUGGAUCAAAAGGGCCAUUUCUGUGCUGUACAACUCCUUGACUCUAUGACCUUCUUAAGCUUAUCUGCAAACUAUGAAGAUGUUUUACUAAAAUGUAAAGCAAUCCAGAAUUAUUACAAUCCCUUCCCUAGUAUUACACGUUAGGUUAGAAUUGGGGUUCUAAGUAGUAGUCCAUUUGCACCUCCACCAGUAGGAGUCAGAAACCAGACAUCAGCUGCAGUGUGGCCUCAAACAGCUCAAUGCCCAAACAGAACGGCUUCAGAUUAUACUGUACCUCCUCAGUAUGGGUAAUACCCAGCAGUCAGGGCAGUGGCAGAAUGGCAAGGGAAGGUAAUGAAUGCUGGCUGGCAACCUUGGAGUGGAUGGUAAGCUAAUGUAAAACUGGGCUGCUGCCAAAUGCCAUGUGGCGUUUCACCAGCCUGUUGGAGAACAUAUGAUAGAACUUUGACAAGCCCUUUAAAAGCUGGAAUCCAGAACUCGUAUUGGAUCAGUCUAAACAUGUGUGACUUUGGUCAUAGCUUGCAUUGUUGCCAUCACAGACAGUUGAAUAUAAUCCUAUAACUCACAUAGUAGCAAGGUGUGAGUACCACACUACACUGAUGGCAAGCAUUGCAGAGCUUGUUCACAGACAUCUUCUGGAGGGCAGCUCGAGAUGGGUGAUGAAUACACCCUAAGCCAGAGAAACUCAUAGCCCAAAAAUAUUUUUUGUCAAAUAAUUUCUGAAGAUUAUAAUACAGUAAUUCAAUUUAUGUAAGUUUGAUUUAUGAAACUCUUAGGCCCAUUAGAAUCAUGUGUUUUGUCAUGUGAUUUAUGAUACUUUUUCUCAAUGAUGAUUACUGGUUGUCUCUGUAUAGCAAUACAGAAUACUGAAAUACUUACAUGCACUUUGCCCUGAAUUUUCUCACUUAAAAGAUUUUCCAGUAAUACAUCAAUUUAGUAAAUCAAGGUAUGACUGUAAUUGGCCUGCUAUUAAAAGUCUGAAAGCUCUCAGUAGUAACUUGGUAUCCAUCAGAACCCUGAAAACCAGCUGGAGCUGAAAAUUAAGCUGGGAUUAAAUCGGGGCUUGGGCAGCAUGGCUUGAAGGGCUGGAAGGGCCUGUCCUGUGUUUUAUCUCAAUAAUAAUAAAUAAAUAAAUAGCUCCUUGAUAAGAUAGGUACAAGACUACAGAUCACAAGAAAACAUUGAAAGGUUAAGCAUGGCUGCAAUAAGGGGAAACAGUUAAGUGCACAGGAGAGAAAGGGAUAUCAGAAUCAAGUAUUCAGGGCUAAACAAAGCACUUUUGUGUGCAUAAUGCAACCAGAUUGAUUUGUGCCAAAUGGCUUUGUAUUUGGAUCUGCUCUGUACUGCCAGAGGUUCUCGUAGAGACAGAUCAAUUGCGAUAUUUAAGAGGGAGCUGACAUUAUUUAAAAGGGGGGAAAACGUGCAAAGCUGUGGAAAGAGUAUGGAGAGGGAAGACUGGUUUGCUCUUGCGCAGAAGUUAACAGUCUAAAUAGCCUCGUUCAGUGGUGCUGUUCUUGGUAUUACAUAGAUGAAACUGUUGAGCAGAAUAUUCCUGCCUCUGAAUCAUUCAAUAAUGCAUGAAACUAGCAUUACGAAAAGAUGUGUUUUGAGUGCUAAUUUAGUCAUGUGACUUACCUUAAGUGUUCAGUCAGGCAAUUGUUUAGUGGUAGUUGUCUAUCACAGGUAUUAAAUAAUAUCUACUGUGGUGGGAAGUAUAGGCAACGUAACUGACAUGAACGUUUUUCUUUACAUGGGUAUGAAACUACAUAAUAUAUGUUUAUAGCAUAGCAGAUAAUUAGUCUGGAAUUCUCAUGUUUAGCAUCUGAAUACCUUCACAACGGUAAAUGAUUUAUUUGUAUCAUCUAGUACAUGAGUAUAUUAGCAGUGCUAUUGAAUCUGAUGUCCUUUCAAUGGCCCUGUGCAGCUGUUUGGUGCCCACUCAAUAUGAUCUCUGAAGAUUGUUAUAUUCAGUUAUGUCAGAUUUUACACACCUUUAUUGCAGUUUAUAGUCAUUGUAUAUCUUGAAAGAAAAUAAUUUUCAAAUAUUUUUAUUCCCAGCACUCACUGAAGACUGAAAGUAACUUAAUGCAUCAGGGACCUGGGUGUGCUUUGUUUUUUCUCUCUGCAAUUUCCCUGUUCAGUGAUGCUGUUGCUAUAACUAGCAUGUCCCCAUGUCCCCUGUUGCUGUGGCAGUGAUCCUCUCAUUAAAGCACAUCUUCCAGAUAUGAAAUUACAACAGAAAGUGCUGGAAAUAUUCAGCAGGUAGGGCUGCGUUUGUGGGAAGAGAAGCAAAGCUAAUAUUUCAGGUUAAAGACUUUUCACAGAACUGGGAAGGUGAAAAUAAAAGAGCUGCUUAAGAUGCAAGGGUGGUGGGGGAAGGGGUAAAUCUCUGAUUGGGUUAAACUGGGAUAACUAAUGGGAGGAACUAUAACCAAAGAUAACUCAUCAAUGAGUGAAUGGGAGCAGUCAGGGUUGGGGUUCCCAACCUUUUUUAUGCCAUGUUCUCCCACUACUAACCGAGCAGUCCGUGGACCCCAGGUUGGGAACCCCUGAGUUGGAAGGAGAGAACAGAGACAAAAGACUGUUGAAACUGCAAAAUGUAGAGCAGGGAAAUAUGCCUGGCAGAUUAGGCCAGGAAUGUCAUCCAAUCCCAGAAGAAAAAAAAAUAGAAGAGAAAAAGGGGAAAUAAAAACAACAGACAAGCACAAAUGAAUUACUGAUACAGCCAAAAUUAAUGUAGCUGAUUUAUUUACAGCUUACCCCAAAGUCAGCCUGGUUUUACCCUAUCAAAAAUAUUUCCUUUUGCAGCUUAAACAAACAUGUUUAAUUUCUUCCCAUUUUUGAUACAUUCAGCCCAAAGUAUUUGCUCUAUUUCUCUUCCCACAGAUGUGGUCUGACCAACUGAGUACUUACAGUAUUUUCUGUUUUAAUUUCAGAUUUACUGUAUCUGCAGGUUUUUUUUUAUAAUUUAGUUUUGUUUUCUAGGUCUAUCUGAUUUGGGAUCCCACUAUCCAUUGGGGAAGCCAUCAUAGAAUCACUGAGCUAUACAGCAUGGAAAUGGGAAAUUUGUUCAAUUGAUUAUCAAUCACCCAGUUACAUGAAUCCUAUCACUAAUAUCAUUUAAUUCUCUUUAUCUCCCCACCAAUUCCCACCGCUCAGAUGCCACCAAUCACCUACACAUCAGGGGCAACAAUAGUCCACUGAUUUGUUUUGAGAGUAAAGAAAACAUAAUUUCAUCCAAUUCAGGAUGAUUAUGUGUCUUUCAAUCCUUUGAGAAAUUGGAAUUAAAGAUAAUUAGAAUUAUAUGUAUGAAACCUACAACUCUAGUUAUAACCAGUAAACAUAAUGUUUUCACUGGAAAUACUACUUUAUUAACAUUUUUGAUCAUUCACAUUCAGCUAUAGAAAAACAACAUCAUGAGAAUGGUGGGCUUAUUCUGCAUUUUCCCUUUGAUGACUUUUGGGAAAAUUAUUCUUUUUAUCUGUGAUGCUAACCAGUGCUAAUGGCCUCGUUACUCUGUUGAUCAGAUUUAAAACGAAAAACUGAUUUUCAUUGUAGCUUCUACCUUUGAUAUACAGUAGCUCAACUAUUAAGGUGAAUUAAUGAUCAUGACAAACCGUCUCACCAAAAAUUAAUACUCUAUUAUUCUUUCAUUUGAACUCAGAUCUUCCUUGGUGCUGAUUAGCUAAAGUCUAAAGACAAAGGUAGAUAAAACUGAGGUGUUAACUGAGUGUUUCCCAGAUACUUCAACUUUCUGCAGCAUUUUGCUGCAAAAACUUAAAACAGUUUGCUGUUAUGUGGCUCUAGGCAAACAGUAAUCAAGGUUAAAUUUUUAAUUCUUCGCUUCAUACUUCUGUCAUUGGUAAAACUGUUGGCUAUGUUACUGCUUUGCUAUUCAGAGAUGAUUUAAAGUGAGUUUGCAUUUUAUUUUUAUUAUUCUUUUACUUUAAUACUUUUAUACAUAUUUUACUGUGAUAUCUGUAUAAUAACUCAGCUAAUUUCUUCUAAAAUCCUCUAAAUGAGUAAAUUAAUUGCCCAAAUCAUAGCGAGCUGAUUGUUGUAUAUAAUGAUGAUAGAAACUUUUUAAUUUAUUUUCCCUGGAAAGUUCUUACCACCUAUUGUUUUUUAAACCAUUUUUGUAUUUUCAUGAAAUAAAGUUUGCAGUGUUUUGUUAA